AUGGCACCUUCAGGUCUUGCACGGUUCAUCCUCUUCCUAAUCCUUUACUUGGUACUCUCCCUCUCCGACGCCGGACGCAUCGCCAUCUACUGGGGUCAGAACGGCAACGAGGGCACCCUCGACGAGACCUGCGCCACCGGAGACUAUGCCUUCGUCAACCUGGCCUUCCUUUGCACCUUCGGCGCCGGCAACACUCCGCAGCUCAACCUCGCAGGCCACUGCGACCCUUUCUCCAAUGGCUGCGGCAGCUUUAGCCAAGACAUCAAGUCCAGCCAGGCCAAAGGCGUCAAGGUCAUGCUUUCCAUUGGCGGCGAUGCUGGGGCCUACUCUUUGACUUCCAAAGAUGACGCCAGGCAGGUGGCUCGAUAUAUCUGGAACAACUACCUCGGUGGGCACUCCUCUUCUCGGCCUCUAGGCGAUGCGGUGCUCGACGGCGUCGACUUUGACAUCGAGGGAGGGAGCCCGGACCACUACGACGACCUAGCGAGGUACCUCUCGGCUUACAGUGCCAAGGGGAAGAAGGUCUACUUGACGGCAGCGCCGCAGUGUCUCUACCCGGAUGCUUGGGUCGGCGGAGCCCUUGACACCGGGCUCUUCGACUCCGUCUGGGUGCAAUUCUACAACAGUCCACCAUGCCAGUAUUCUUCGGGGCAUGUGACCAACCUGGAGGAUGCUUGGAAGCAGUGGACGUCGGGGCUCAAGGCCACCAAUGUCUUCGUUGGCUUGCCGGCAGCGCCAGAUGCGGCGGGAAGUGGGUUCAUUCCCGUCGGGGACCUCAAGUCUCAGGUGCUUCCGGCGCUAAAGAAGUCUACCAAGUAUGGAGGGGUGAUGCUAUGGUCUAGAUACUAUGAUGACCAGACUGGGUAUAGCAAGGCUAUCAAGCCUGAUGUUUGAGUCAUCUUAGCCCUGUCUCUUUUGUUGGAUGCUACCGCUUUAUAUUAAUCCGUUGAAGUUCAAUAUUGCGUGAAAUCUUAAGCUGAUGUAGUUUAUAUAUGUAUGGUGGGAUUGUGAUCAUGUGUUUUGG